AUGAUGGGGGGAAAUGGAGAAGUGACUGUGCCACCAGGAUUCAGGUUCCAUCCGACGGACGAGGAGCUUCUGUAUUACUAUCUGAGGAAGAAGGUUUCUUUUGAAGCCAUUGAUCUUGAUGUUAUCAGAGAAGUUGAUCUCAACAAACUCGAGCCCUGGGACCUCAAAGAUAAAUGUAGAAUUGGAUCAAGUCCUCAGAAUGAGUGGUAUUUCUUCAGUCAUAAGGAUAAGAAGUACCCAACUGGGACUCGAACAAAUCGGGCGACGGCUGCUGGAUUUUGGAAAGCAACAGGGAGAGACAAGGCCAUUUACCUCCAUAAUUCCAAAAGGAUUGGCAUGAGGAAGACCCUAGUCUUCUACACAGGGCGCGCUCCUCAUGGUCAAAAGACUGAGUGGAUUAUGCACGAGUAUCGCCUCCAAGAUGACAACAUUGAGGUUCAGGAUGAUGGUUGGGUAGUCUGUAGGGUAUUCAAGAAGAAGAACCAUGGCAGAACUUUCCAACCUGCGGAAAUACCAGAAGACCAUGAACACUUCAACUACAUGAAGGCAAGUGCAUCAAUGUCACUGGAGCUUAAGCAAAACCUAAAACUGCCCUAUCAUGAUUUUACCUUUGAUGGAUCGAUGCAUCUUCCUCAGUUGCUGAGUCCAGACUCAGUCAGUGCCUCCUCAUUCUUAUCCCCUAUCUCUUUAAACAACGUGGACAUUGAGUGUUCUCAGAACCUGUUGAGGUUAACAUCAAGCUGCAGCACUACUACUGGCUGUGGAUCACUCCAUCAUCAUCCACAAGAGAGGUUCCAUGGUGACUGGUCAUUCUUGGACAAGCUUCUUUCAUCCCAUCCAAGCAUGAAUCAUCAACACUCCCAGACCAAGUGCAUUAGCCCUCCUAGCUCCCAACUACUUGAUGUGGGUGCCAAUGCUAAUAGUUCGGCUCUAAAAUUCCCACUUCACUACAUUGGCUGUGAAGCUGACUUUUUGAAUUUUUCCAAGUAG